AUGGCGAAGAUGGGCGAGGAGCAGCACGAAGCGGAUAGCCUGCUUCCGAUCCGAAGGCUACAGGCGUCGGACAAGUCCAAAGGCUUCGUGGAACUCCUCUCCCAGCUCAGCCCCUGCGGCCCCGUCACCGAUGAGGAGUUCCUCUCCCGGUUCGCGGAGCUCGCCUCCCACGGCGACGACCAUGCGAUCGUCGUGGCGGAAGACGAGCAGACGGGGAGGAUCAUCGCCACGGGGAGCGUCUUCGUGGAGAAGAAGUUUCUCCGGGGAUGCGGGAAAGUCGGCCAUAUUGAGGACGUGGUUGUCGACGCCUCCGCCCGGGGACGACGCCUGGGGCAGAGGGUGGUUCGGCACCUCGUCGGGCACGCUAGGGCGGCGGGUUGCUACAAGGUGAUCCUCGACUGUUCGGCGGAGAAUCGGGGGUUCUACGAGAAGUGUGGGUUCCAGGAGAAGAACGUCCAGAUGGCGGUGUACUUCCACGAGUAA